GGUUCACGUUACAGGCACAUUUCCGGGUUAUUUGCGGAGCACGGCACCGGACUGCGGCUUCAUAUCCCCGAAAUCCGCACCCCGGAGCCAUGUCCAGCUCCGUGCUCUCCGUGAUAUCCCGCUUUUUGGAGGAAUAUGCCAGCAGCACGCCGAAAAGGCUGAAGAUCGUGGAUGCAUACUUGCUUUACAUUUUGCUAACGGGGGCGCUGCAGUUUCUCUACUGCCUGCUUGUGGGCACCUUCCCCUUCAACAGCUUCCUGUCCGGGUUUAUAUCGUGCGUAGGCGCCUUUAUUCUUGGAGUCUGCCUGCGCAUUCAGAUUAACCCCCAGAAUAAGGGGGAGUUCCUGUCCAUCUCCCCGGAGAGGGCGUUCGCCGACUUCCUCUUCGCCCACACUGUGCUCCAUCUGGUCGUUAUCAACUUCAUCGGCUAGCAGCCACGGUCUUACUUCGCCGAUCCACAGUUUUCCAUAAGAUGGUCUAAUUGAAUUGUUGGGACCCUUUGACAGUUUCUCCUUUGGGCGACAUGAAGACUUAACCGUUUUCUUUUCACUGAACAUUACAUGUUGUAUAACCUCCCAGUGUUUAGGUUUGUAGAGAUGGAGGAAUGACAUUGCAGUAACUUUCCCAUUCCUCUGUUCAUGCUCUGUGAAAUUCUGAAAAGCCUCCUCUGUGUUAUUUAUCUUGUUUGAAAUAAAAUCAAAAUGUGACAGUGAAA